AUGGAUGAUGGAAAAAAAGAACAUGCAAAGGGCCGCUACCUGGAGGUCGCCAGGGCACGUUUGGAGCUGGCGCUGGGCGGGACAGCAUGUGAAACGCCAGCCGAGCGCGAGGUGCUGCACGAACACCCAACAGCCCCUCGCAUCCAUCAUCCCCACCAGCUGGCUUGGUGUCGGAAGGGUCUUCGCGGGCCCACCAAUCAGCACCUGCCACUGGUGGAGCACGCCGCAUGUGUUGGACAAUGCAGAUUAAUAGCAAAGUAUUGCGGGCGUAUUUUAAGGCGAAGGGGGGAGAAAUUGGACGUUUUGCCUAUCGGUCUAGGAUGCUUCGACUUUUUUGCUGAGCUGGAGCCAUCUAUAACCGUCACCAAGCAUAACCUGGCAGACCGAGUUCGGUAUAUCUUGCGCUCAAAUAUAUGUGAUGUCGCCGAUCUCGAUCGGCUGCUACGUGAGGCUGUUACCUCGUCGGAUGAAAAUGCUACUUCGUCUGAGGAUGUAGCGCCACAACUUGCAGAACAACCCGCAAACGUGAAUGCCGCCGUGAAUAUCCCAAUAGUGGUUGAUUCCAGCGAUGAUGGAACAGUCACACAGGAACUGGAACUAGAGUAUUUGAAGAGGCGGAGAGAUUGUGGAAACGCGCAAUCCGCCUCUCGAAAAUCGACCGCAACUUCCCCCUCAUAG